AUCACAGCAAAUAAAAGCUGCCAUAAAUUGCAUUCUGCAAAUUCUGAAUUCCUGAUAACUUUAACAGCUUCCAAUUCUCACAUACAGAUUAAUCAGAAAACCAAGGAACUAACCAAGAAAAAUAAAUAAAUACUGUAAUUUAUAAAAAUAAAAAGUGAAAUAAGGAAAGAAUGUGAUAUGAUUAUAAUGGCUGCAUACUGCAGAUUUGUUGGUUUAACUAAAAAUAAAAAUAAAAAUCAAAGCGAAAAAAUAAAAAUUGCAUUUUCCAAUAGAUUCCUUAGAUAAACAGAGAGUCCAGAAUCGUAGCAAUCUCUUAAAAAAUCUAGUAACAAGAGUGACUACAUUGAAGAUUUCGAGACCAAUUUGGACUUCCCUUUUCCCCCGAAAUUACACCUUUUGGCCAUCCAUUUCACUUCACUUCACUCCCUAGUACCAUAAAUGCCCUUUCUAAAACCCUCACUUCACUCUCUCCGUUCGCUAUUUUCUUUCUGUGGCUCCCUACCAUAACAUAUUUCUGUCCCUUUCCCGAGAAAGUUUCGGAUUUUACCGGAAAAAAGUUCAAUUUUUUUUACCUUGAAAAAUGGAGGCAAAUAAUGAGCCACUGCCUGAGCAUCUACGCUGUAAGCGGACCGACGGCCGACAAUGGCGUUGCAAUAGAAGAGUAAUGGACGACAAGAAACUCUGCGAAAUUCACCAUCUUCAAGGGAGACAUAGACAGUACAAGAGAAAGGUACCAGAGUCAUUGAAGUUGCAAAGGAAGUACAACAAGAAGCUGAAGGCAAAUGCAGAUUCAAUUUCUGAUAAUCUUGAAAUUAGGGCACAAAAAGAGGAAAGAUUUUCGAGACUGGUGAAAUUGGGGAAAUUGAAGAAGAGAAAGAAAUCGAUUACUGGGGGUGGUGAAUCAAGAGGGAAUUUGCAAUUGGAGUUAAUUAGAAUGGUUUUGAAAAGAGAAGUAGAGAAAAGAAAGAAAAAGAAAAAGAAAAAGAUCAAGAACAAGAACAAGAAGGUUGUUGCUGUAGAGGAAAUUAAUAGUGAUAAUGAUAAUAUUGAUGUUGAUAGUAGUAGUAAUAGUGAAGAAGGAGAGUUGAUGAGAGAUUUGCCUAAUGGAUUAAUGGCAAUAUCUCCUGCUAAGCAUAAUUUAAGUAAUGCUGCUUCUUGUUCCACCACUCCUUGUGAUAUUAAAAUUGGAGGAGCUGCUGCUGAUUCCAGUGCUUUUACUAGAAGGUGUUUUAGGUCUAAAAACAUUGAACCAAUGCCAAUUGGUACAUUGCAGGUUGUGCCUUUCAAGAAGGAUAUGGUGAGAUUGAGGAAGGGAAAGAGGAAAAAAUGCCAUUUCUGUCGGAGAAGCGGAUUGAAGACUUUAAUUAGGUGUUCCAGUUGUAGAAAACAAUUCUUUUGCAUGGACUGCAUCAAAGACCAGUAUUUUAAUAUGCAAGAAGAAGUUAAGAUAGCAUGUUCAGUUUGUCGUGGGACAUGUAGCUGUAAGGCCUGCUCUGCAAUUCAAUGUAGGAACAUUGAAUGUAAGGGCUUCUCCAAGGACAAGAGUAAAGUCAACAAAGUUUUACAUUUUCAUUAUUUGAUCUGUAUGCUUCUUCCUGUACUGAAAGAAAUAAAUCAAGAUCAGAGCAUUGAGCUGGAAAUAGAAGCAAAGAUAAGAGGCCAGAAACCUUCUGAUCUUCAAAUCCAGCAGGCUGAAGUUGGAUGCAAUAAGCGGUGGUGUUGCGAUAAUUGCAAGACUUCCAUUAUGGAUUUCCAUAGAAGCUGUCCAAGCUGUUCCUACAACCUUUGCUUAAGUUGUUGUCAGGAUAUUUAUCAAGGGAGCCUGCUCAGGAGUGUUAAAGGCCUUUUAUGCAAGUGCCCGAAUAGAAAGAAAGCUUGUUUAUCUGGAAAACAAUUUUCAGAAAUGAAAUCAGUGUGCACCUAUAAACAGAAUAAUGGCAUUAAAUAUUCUGAUUUUUCUAUGUCAUUGCUCAGUUUGAAAGCACCUGAUGGUAAUGGUGGUAUACCUUGUCCUCCCACAGAGUUUGGUGGUUGUGGCAAAAGUCUUCUUGAUUUAUGUUGUAUUUUCCCCUCAAGUUGGACUAAAGAAUUGGAGAUAAGUGCAGAGGAAAUAAUAGGUUGUUAUGAGUUGCCAGAAACUGUGGAUGUUUUUUCUCGCUGCUCAUUAUGCAUUGGGAUGGAUUGUGAAGUUAAUGAGUCUCUGCAGUUGCAAGAAGCAGCUACAAGAGAAGAAUCUAAUGAUAACUUUUUGUACUAUCCUACUGUUGUGGACAUCCAUAGUGAUAACCUUGAACAUUUUCAGAAGCACUGGGGCAAAGGCCAACCUGUAAUAGUUCGUAAUGUCCUUCAGGGUACAUCUGAUUUGAGUUGGGAUCCAAUAGUCAUGUUCUGUACUUACCUUAAGAAUAAUGCUGCCAAAUCUGAGAACGAGCAAGUUGCUGAUUGCUUGGACUGGUUUGAGGUUGAAAUUGGUAUCAAGCAAUUGUUUAUGGGGUCUUUUAAGGGUCCAACACAUGCUAACAUGUGGCAUGAAAGACUAAAAUUGAAGGGCUGGCUUUCUUCUCAUUUGUUUCAAGAACAUUUUCCAGCUCAUUAUGCUGAAAUUCUUCAUGCUCUACCACUCCCAGAAUACAUGGAUCCCAUAUCUGGUGUUCUAAACAUUGCUGCGGAGUUGCCACAGGAAAUCAUGAAGCCUGACCUUGGUCCAUGCGUCUAUAUCUCAUAUGGUAGUGGUGAGAAUCUUGUACAGGCGGAUUCUGUGACAAAAUUACGAUAUAAUUCUUAUGAUGUGGUCAAUAUUUUGGCACAUACUGCUGACAUCCCUGUAUCCACAGAACAACUUAAUUAUAUAAGAAAGUUAAUGAAAAAACAUAAGGAACAAAAUGAAGUAAGUGGAGCGGCACCAGUAGAUGUUCAAAAUAUUGAAGACGUGGGACUGCAUGAUAUGAUCACAGAAGAAAUGCACCUACACAAGAAAGUUGCUAGGGUAUCCUGGUUCUCUGCUGCCAGUCAUGAAGCACAUGCCUCACGAUUCAAAAAUAGAGAUUUGUUCCUUGAUAGGGAAUAUGAUAGUGAUUCUGAUUCCGAUACUGACACUGAUACUGAGGUUUCAAAAUUUUUCUUUGGCCCUGUUAAGAACUUUAGAACGUCAGAAAAUCAUAAGUUUUGUGGGAAGCUUGCAGAAAGUUCCCAUCAUUGUGGAAAGAGAAAAACUGUAGAGUCUUGUGGUGCUCAGUGGGAUGUCUUUCGCAGACAGGAUGUUCCAAAACUUAUUGAAUAUCUAAGAAGGCACUCUAAUGAGUUCAUUCAAACACAUGGCUUUCGGAAGCCUGUGGGUCAUCACAUACUCGAUCAAAACUUCUUUCUUGAUACAACUCAUAAAUUGAGGCUUAAGGAGGAGUUCAAAAUUGAACCCUGGACUUUUGAGCAACAUGUUGGAGAAGCUGUCAUCAUUCCUGCUGGAUGCCCGUACCAAAUUCGAAAUCUUAAGUCAUGUGUUAAUGUGGUUUUGGACUUCGUCUCGCCUGAAAACGUCACUGAAUGCAUCCAGUUAGUUGAUGAACUCCGUCUGCUUCCAGAGAACCACAAAGCCAAAAUGGAUAGUCUAGAGGUGAAGAAAAUGGCCCUCUACAGUAUUAGCAGAGCUGUCAAAGAAAUCCGUGAACUCACAUGUGCAGAGAUCAAUGGUGAACUAAAUGAGCGACCAUGAAAGUUGGUAUUCCAAUGGGUCUGCUGAACGCCGUUUUCUCUAUUACCAUUUUGUGCUACUAGUACUGAUCUUUUGCGCAUGUAUAGCAUGCAGAAAUUUUGACAGAUAACCUCUGGAGAUAUAGAUUAGCAUUCAUUCUCUUGCAACAACUGGCGUAUGUAAUUAUGAUUAAUCAAUUGGUUGUAUAUAAUAAGGUAUGAUAUGAUAGAUCAUCAUUUGUUUA